AUGGUCGUAGCAGAGCUUCUGCAUUGGCGUGCCCCAAUGCUGCUGGUCAUGAUCAAUGUUCUCAUGAGCUUCAUGUCUGUCUUGGAUCAGAGACAGGACAAUGACUUUGUGGAACUCUUUGCUGGUGCUGGAGAGGUCUCCUCUGGCCUCCGGGAGGCUGGAGCAUCCGGAGCCUCUUUCGAGAUCCUGGACAACCCACAGGCUUUUGAUCUUACCACGCCGGUUGGUUUUGCUCUGGCAUUGAACGAGGUAGUUCUCGAUGGACCUCUGGACCCCAGGUCUGUGGAUUGGAAGAAAAGCGACUAUGAGUUGUUCUGUGACCAUCUACCAGAGACUUGUGACGAUCUGUUUGAGGAUGCUGAACUUCCGGAUGUUCUUCUGUACCUGCUUGGCUGCCACAAGUCCAAGCUGAAUCUCACAGGUGAACUCAUCCCUGAGAGCACCAAGCUUCUGGAAGACGGCUCGUGUGAUCUCACAGUCAAGGAUCUGAUGGUGAAUGAUUGUCUUUCCUAUGAGGACGCCAUUCGUGUCAUGAUACAGCUUAGAGCUGAGGCCAAUGAGCCUUCCACUGCUCCAAACACCAGCCCCUGUCCCGACAAGUCCAAGCCUAAGGCCAAAAGCACGAAACCCAAAGCCGUUAGUGAAGUGCCUGCUACUGGGAAGAAUGGGGGAAAGGGUUCAGGUGAGGAGGAGUUGCAGCUUCCUUCCUUGAAGGGAGGGUCUAACCAGAAGAAAAGCAAGAGCAACAAGAAGGAUAAGGCAGAGGAGAAGGCCCUCGACCCCCAGGUUGGAGAGAUGCCACAUGAGAAAUCGAAGGGAAAGGCCAAGCGGGAGGAGAAGGCACACGAGCCGAAGGAUGGAGAGGUGCCAGAUCACGAACCGAAGGGAAAGGCCAAGCCGGAGGAGAAGGCACACGAGCCCCAGGAAGGAGAGGUGCCACAUCCCACACGGAAGGGAAAGGCCAAGCGAGAGGAGAAGGCACACGAGCCCCAGGAAGGAGAGGUGCCACAUCCCACACGGAAGGGAAAGGCCACGCGAGAGGAGAAGGCAAGCGGAGAGGUGCCAGAUCCCACGAGAAAGGCCGAGAUGGAGGAGAAGGCAUUGGAUUCCCAGGUAGGCGAGGUGCCACAUCCCACACCAAAGAGAAAGGCAGGAAAGACCAAGAAGGACGAGACAGCACUCGAGCCCCAGGGUGGAGUGGUGCCACAUCCCACGCCGAAAAAGGGGGGAAAGGCCAAGAGGGAGGAGAAGGCACUGGAGCCCCAGGAUGAAGAGGAACAUCCGAAGAGGAAGGCAAAGCGAGGAGAGGAUGCAGACAACCACAAAGCGGCAAAGGAGGAGUCUGGCAAGAAGCGCACGGCACAGGCGAAGGCACCCACUGCAAGCAAGAAAGCCAAGACAAACAAGAAAGCCUCGGAGGAGCCAUGUGAGAACGAUCAGGAGGAGCCACAUGACAAGGACCAGGAAGAGCCCCAUGACAAGGACCAGGAGGAGCCACAUGAGAAGGACCACACGCAGGAGGGUGAGACCGCGGAUUGUGAUGGGCUGAGUGAGCAUCUCGAGAAGCUUCUUCAGGAGAUGGACGAUGAUGCCCCUGCUGAGCCUGCUGAGCCUGCUGAGCCUACUGUGCCAACCCACCGAGUGCGAAUCAAGCGUAGCGAUGCUGCCUUUUUCGGCACCCCAACGGCAAAGGCCAAUCCGGAGCCCACUGUAAGUGAAUCCAAAGCAGCAAGGAAGCAAGCAAAGAAGGAGGCAAGGAGGGCCGAGAAGAAGGCAAGGAAGGAGCUUGCAAGAAACAAGCGCGUGGAGGAAAAGGCCACCUGUGAUGAGACACCCACGGAGAAGGAAUCCGAGGAGGAACCUGGGCUAAAGGAGGCCUCGACGUCAAGGAAGGAGCCCGAGGAGACCGUGCCAGGCAAAGACGAGGCAAAGACAAAGGAGAACGAUCGAGCCCAGAAGGCCCCUUCACGCGUGCGAGAGUGGUCCCAGGAUCGUCAGCCAGACACGCAGGACGGUGGCUGGUAUCCUAGUUGCAACAUGUCGUGUGCUUCUUUGGAGUUGGGACAGAAUGCCCUGCGAUCGCUGAAGGAUCCGAACCUCGUCGACACGGUGUCCACCAUCGGUGCCACUGCAUCUGAGCUCAUGGAGUCGCUUGGCAACUCGGCCUCGCAAGUUGGGUGUGGUGAUGUCACACACCUGCUUGGGGUUGUGGCCAAGCUGCAAGAACAGCUCAAGCAGGCUGCUUCUGCCAGCAAGAAGCCAGCACAGAAGUUGCCGGCGAUGCCUGGGGGUGAAGGUGCUGGGUCAAAUGAUGCUGAUGGCUUGGAUGGUGAGGAGCUUUCUGAUGCCGAAGCUCGUGAGAUUGAUGGAGAGGAAGAGGAGCAGGAAGAUGAAAGGGAAGAGGAGCAGGAAGAUGAAAAGGAAACGGAGCAUGAAUCGGAGCAGGGAGCGGAAAAGGAUGAGAAGGAAGGAUGUGAUGAUGUCCAUGCACCCUGCCCGCCAGAGUCUGAGGAAGAUGAUGGAGCAACUAGUGAUGACGACGAUGACUCGACAUCCUCGGACGUGGCAAUGGAUUCUGAGGGGGAGGAAGCUUCCUCUGCCGUUACUCUUGCUGAGCAAGAAAAGGCAAAGCUGGCUGUCAGGCUUGACAAGAAAGCCCGUGCGAGCCAAGCUUCGAAGCGCACGGAUCCAGCACCAUCGGAGAAGGGGGAGUUGCUCAGGAAGUGGGUGGCUUCUGGAGAGAGCCUCCAGGCAUGUGAGUCGCACAUCGAGGCUGCUCGGACGAACUUGUUCCGCGGCCGCUCCAUCAAAAAGUUGGUGCCAAUCAAAGACAUGAGUGCACCUCCUUACUCAUUCAGUGCGGCAAAGAUCUCCCACAUCAUCGCCACCCACCAGGGCCAUCCGGAUCCGGAUGCGCCGGAGGUGCUAGAGGAGACUCGUUAUUGGAUUACCGUGGAGGAGAGCAGGGAGGACCAACUAGAGGUUCGGCAUCAGGAGAAUCUUCGUGUGAAUAUGCGACCGACGGCCGAGAGUGCAACGCGUAUCUUGAAUGAUCAAAAUCUCACACCGUCUAUGCUGGGACGAACAACCAAGCGCCCUGCCCCCAUUGCGGGUGAUGUGCUACGUGCCUACGACACCUUCUCGAACGCAGCGUCGAGUGUGAAUGGUGGUGGUGCUUCAGGCUCGACAGCCAUGGUUCCAGCAGGGCGAGGAGGCGGAGGCAACGGCAACAAGCGCCGUCGGGCGGGCAGUGCGGCCGGAUCGAAGGGGCCUUUGAUUGAAGAGCACUUCAAGACAGAGGCCGAGAAACAUCAGAAAUGGAGCAGCGAGAUCAGGAAGGAAAUGGGAGCCAUCGUGACCUUGACGGUGGACCUGCCGCAGGAUGACGAAUUGAAGACUACCCUCGAAGCCGGACUGCAAGACCUGAAGAGUCUGGCCCUGGAGUUCAAGAAGGCGCGCACGUUCGAGCAGAUGCAGCCCAUCUGUGAAAGGAUUCAUGAAAAGGUUGCCUCCUUGAAGAUCGACAAAGGGAAGGCCAAGGGCCUGAUCGCGGAGCUGAAGAAGGAUUCAUGA